AUAGGAAGAAUGUGUAUCUUUUCAUCUAUUACUUAAUUCAGUUCUGUGGCCACUCAUGGAUACUGGCAAAUAUGACAGUCAGGUUCUUCUCAUUUGGGAAAGGUUUAGAGUAGCUGGAGAUUGCCAGUAACUGAAUGACAAAUUUUAUGUCCCCAAGACUCUGUUUGAUCCUUUAAGAAGACAAGUACAUGACACAGCACACCCGUGACUAGUCACCUACAUGGAGCUGGUAUAUUGAUGACUUGAAUCAUAAGCUUCCUUCAGUUUCCUAAAAAGUCAAGAAUUCACCAUUUAAACUAUUCACUUCAGAUUGUUAAAGAAUGACUCACCAAGUGACUGUGAAAACAACCGUGUCCCAUCCCCACAUGAAUUCAAUGGUCGACACGUUUUACGCAAUUGGGUUGGUUAUGCGGGUUUGCCAAUUCAUUUCCCUCUUGGAGCUACUGCAUAUUUAUAUUGGCAUUGAGUCAAAUCAGCUUUUCCCAAGGUUUUUGCAGCUCACAGAGAGAGUUAUUAUCCUUUUUGGGGUGAUCACCAGUCAAGAGGAAGUCCAAGAGAAAUAUGUAGUGUGUGUUUUAUUCAUCUUUUGGAAUCUACUGGAUAUGGUGAGGUACACGUACAGCAUGUUGUCAGUUAUAGGGACAUCCUAUGCUGUCUUAACAUGGCUUAGUCAAACACUGUGGAUGCCAAUUUACCCUCUGUGUGUUCUUGCUGAAGCAUUCACCAUCUAUCAGUCACUGCCUUAUUUUGAGUCAUUUGGCACAAACUCCACCAUGCUUCCGUUUGACAUAUCCAUCUAUUUCCCUUACAUGCUGAAGCUGUAUCUCAUGAUGCUCUUCAUAGGUAUGUAUUUCACCUACAACCAUCUUUACACAGAAAGAAAAGACAUUCUCCGAGUUUUUUCUGUCAAACAGAAGAAAAUGUGAGGUAACCUGUCGCACAGGAGAGAAGAUGGGCUGGCAGAUAGAGCUGCAGCAAAUACAACACUGGGCAUCUGCUGGAGAAAAGGAACAUAGAACUGGACAAAAAUCUAUCAUGGCACCGUGUUUUGAAGCUCCUGUGCUUUAAGGACAAAUCCCCAACAGGUGCAGCAUACACUGCUUCACCAGGCCUGUGGGCUUUAUACUACUUACAUUUGUAAUGCGCGAACUCUGAAUGCUUUUCCUGUAAUGUUAAUGAGAAAUAGAUUCUGUGGAGUAAAUUCAAUUGACUUGAGAAA